AUGUCACUGUCAUCUCAGAACCCAACCAUUGUACUCAUCCGCGGUGCCUGGCUAGAUCCACCCAUCUACCAAAAGUUCCAAACCGCCCUUAACACCCUCGGCCCCGAAGUAUACAUCCCCCGACUCCCAACUUUGAACGACUCCCGACCUCCAAACGGCGACCUCUACUCGGACACCCAUCUGAUUCGCAACUACGUGACUAGCCUCGUCGACGCCGGUCGCGAAGUGACGGUGCUAAUGCACUCCUACGGCGGCUAG